AGUGGCAAUCGGUAUCUUUAGGGUCGCUUGCGAGAAGUUUCCAGAAGUCAAGGGGGUCUCCCAUCGACACCCUUUUUCUAUGCCACCGCGGAUCACCAGCCAUUAUUGCUCCCAAUCGUCUCUCAAAUAAUCGAAUUCGGGUGCAGCGACGACGAUGGCGUCUGAUCUGGAAAAGCGAGCGAAAGAGGCGUUUGUCGACGAUAACUUCGAACUAGCCGCUGAUCUGUACACGCAGGCCCUCGAUGUGGAUCCGAAGAACGCUAUUCUCUUGGCUGACCGCGCCCAGGCUAACAUCAAGCUCACCAAUUACACUGAGGCUGUUGCUGAUGCGAACCGGGCACUGGAGCUGGAUCCGUCAAUGUCCAAGGCGUACUUUCGUAAGGGCAUUGCAUGUAUGAAGCUAGAAGAAUAUCAAACUGCGAAGACGGCUCUUGAAGCAGGUGCUUCUUUGGCACCUGGUGAUUCUAGAUUCACGAAGUUGAUUCAGGAUUGCGAUGAGCGCAUAGCAGAGGAAACUAAUAAUGUACCAAAAAAUGUGACGCAUGAUUGCUCGCCAAGCACUGUACCUCCUUCAGUUGGAUCUCAUUCAUCAGAUGCAACUGCCGACACUGUAGAAGAUGGUCCGGGACGUGACAAAUCUCGUCAGUUGUCGAUGGCAUCAUCGGUUAAACCAAAGUACAGGCGUGAAUAUUACCAGACGCCAGCUGAAGUUGUUUUGACCAUAUUUGCAAAGGCCAUACCGGCUAGAAAUGUGGCGGUUGAUUUUGGUGAACAGAUACUGAGUGUUACUAUUGAUAUCCUGGACGAAGAUCCAUAUCAUUUUCAACCACGUCUUUUUGGGAAGAUUAUACCUGAAAAAUGCAGAUACGACGUAUUGUCUACCAAAAUUGAGAUCCGUCUCGCAAAAGCUGAAGCUAUUAAUUGGACUUCUCUGGAAUUUAGCAAGGAGAAUGCAGUUCCACAGAAGAUACACGUAUCAUCAGGUCUUAAAAAUGAAAGACCCACAUACCCAUCUUCAAAAUCGACAGUUGAUUGGGAUAAGCUGGAAGCACAAGUCAAGAAGGAGGAGAAAGAGGAGAAGCUAGAAGGCGAUGCAGCUUUAAACAAACUAUUCCGUGAUAUAUACCAAGAUGCUGAUGAGGAUACAAGGCGUGCCAUGAGAAAAUCUUAUUAUGAGUCAAAUGGCACAGUGCUUUCCACAAAUUGGAAAGACGUGGGCUCAAAGAAGGUGGAAGGCAGUCCUCCUGAGGGUAUGGAGCUGAAAAAAUGGGAGUAUUAACUGUUCAGGCUGGAUUCUUCUACUGUAUCGUUAUAUGUGUCUUGUGUGGUGACAAUUUUUUAAUCAGUACAUUGUGACAUGUUUCGGGCAGAUUCUAAACUGCUGGUUGCAUCGUGGUCAUGGAAUCUUGGUGAGGUUUGGUAGUUUUCGAAGGCAUUUCUUAGUUUUCAAGGAAUGGUCAUGCAAAUCAGAUGACUCUACAGUUUGUCGUUGUGUUAAUUAUUAGAGGGUCUUAUCUCUA